UCUCUCUCUCUCUCUCUCUCUCUCUCUCUCUCUCUCUCCCUCCCUCCCUCUCUCUGUCUGCAGACCGCAUCAUGCGUCUCUCAGGGACCGAUGGGACACACAGGAGACAGCUCGCUGUAAGCAGCACCAUCUGAACCUGGAAUAUGUGUCGCUGCGCUGUUUGACGAACCCGUUCACCUGGCACUAUUUGAUAUUUUUAUUUUCCUUUUUUAUUUAUUUAUUUUUUUCUUUCCCGGCGAGUACACCUGGAUGAAGCUCUGUAGACUGAAACAAGAUAAUCCCAAUACUCCAGAAACAUUUGUCCCCCACACACGAGCACUUUUUUCUCCUGACCAUUAUGUUUCAUGGACUGAAAGGCAUCAUCAGCUGAAAUUUUAAUUGAUGACUGUUACGCAUCCUCCUCCAAAGUCAUCUGACYAUCCUCCUGUCCUUUCCCAGCAUGGCUAGAUGGAGGUUAGACACCUCUCACCAGGUGCUUGCUGGCCUGCUGCUAGUAUCUGUAGGAAUAUCUUGUGUCCAGAGCAAUGAGUGUCCUCAGCUGUGUGUGUGUGAGAUCCGACCCUGGUUCACCCCGCAGUCCACCUACAGAGAAGCCAUAACUGUGGACUGCAAUGACCUUCACUUAACACGGAUCCCAGGUAACCUGUCCAGUGAAACCCAGGUUCUCCUCUUGCAGAGCAACUACAUUGCAAAAACCAGUGAAGAACUGGAGCAGCUCUUCAACCUGACAGAACUGGACCUCUCCCAAAACAACUUCAGCACCAUUCGAGAUGUUGGUCUCUCUAACAUGUCCCAGCUCACCACGCUUCAUUUAGAGGAGAACCAGAUUACAGAAAUGCCUGAUUACUGUCUGCAGGAUCUGAGCAACCUGCAGGAGCUCUACAUCAACCACAAUCAGAUCAACACCAUUGCUGCUGAUGCUUUUUCUGGUCUUCAUAACCUCCUCAGGCUUCACCUCAACUCUAACAAGCUAAAAACCAUCAACAACCAGUGGUUUAGAUCGACACCCAAUCUGGAGAUCCUUAUGAUUGGUGAGAACCCUGUUGAUGGAAUUACAGACUUUAAUUUCAAGCCACUGGGCAAUCUAAGAAGCCUGGUUUUAGCUGGGAUGGAUUUGAAAGAUGUCCCAAGCAACGCCUUUGUGGGACUAGACAAUCUUGAGAGCCUUUCUUUCUAUGACAACAAGCUGGUUCAAGUUCCUCAGAGAGCCCUUCAGAAGCUACCUAACCUCAAGUUCCUUGACUUAAACAAAAACCCUAUACAUAAGAUUCAAGCGGGGGAUUUUAAGAACAUGCUUAGACUGAAGGAGUUGGGYAUAAACAACAUGGGAGAGCUGGUUUCUAUUGAUCACUAUGCUUUGGACAACCUUCCUGAGCUCACCAAACUGGAGGCGACAAACAAUCCCAAGUUUUCUUACAUCAGUCGUCAGGCUUUUCGGGAUGUCCCAGCUUUAGAGAGUCUAAUGCUGAACAGCAAUGCUCUGAAUGCCCUUUAUCAGUCUACGGUAGACUCCCUCCCCAACUUGCGUGAGAUCAGCAUCCACAGCAACCCUCUGCGCUGUGACUGUGUCAUCCAGUGGAUGGRCUCCAACAAAACAGCAGUCCGAUUUAUGGAACCUGUAGCCAUGUUCUGUGCCACGCCAGCCGAGGUCCGRGGUAUGCGUGUGCGAGAGGUAUUACAGAAAAAGUUAGCAAAUCAGUGCCUGCCCAUGAUUUCUCACGAUACCUUCCCCAGCCACCUCAAUUUGGAAAUCGGCAUGACCUUGGACUUGGACUGCAGAGCCAUCUCCCAGCCUGACCCUGAAAUCUAUUGGGUGACACCAAUGGGAAACAAAAUUAUAACAGACACUUUAUCUGACAAAUACAGCCUCAGCAAAGAAGGGACACUGAGAAUUUCUCUUAUCCAAGUUGAAGACUCUGGCCGAUACACCUGUGUGGCUCAAAACUCCGAUGGAGUUGACACAAGAGUAACAGCCAUAAAGGUGAAUGGUACUCUAUUAGACAGUACGCAGCUCAUGAAGAUCUACGUAAAGCAGACAGAAUCUCACUCAAUCCUUGUUUCCUGGAAAAUAAACUCAAAUGUAAUGACCUCUAACCUCAAGUGGUCAUCUGCAACCAUGAAAAUUGACAACCCACAUAUUACUUACACUGCCAAGGUCCCCGUGGACGUCCACGAGUACAACCUCACUCAUCUACAACCAGCAACAGAGUACGAGGUGUGCCUGACUGUCUCCAACAUCCAACAUCAAACACAAAAGUCRUGUGUGAAUGUGACUACGAAGCAAGCGCCCUUCGCUGUGGAAGUAUCCGAUCAAGGGACCAACACUGCUCUUGCAGCUGUCAUGGGAACAAUGUUUGCAAUCAUAUGCUUGGUUUUACUGGGUGUGUACAUUGCUAAGAGGUGGAAAAGGAAAAAUUACCACCACUCUCUCAAAAAGUACAUGCAGAAAACCUCAUCUAUUCCACUCAACGAACUGUAUCCUCCUCUUAUUAACUUGUGGGAGGCGGACACUGAGAAGGAGAAAGAAGGCACGACGGAGGCCAAACCCAGCCAAGUGGACACCUCACGUAGCUAUUACAUGUGGUAGAGACACACUCCUGUGGGAGACACAGAGACAGGAUUGUUAAGUAGCACAAAUAUACAUACUUGCUUCUUCAUGUAAAAGUGAACAUUCUUUUCAUUUUGUUUUUGUGUAAUAUUUACCUUUUUAUUUCCUUUCUUUGGUUUUCUUAGACUGAGGCAAUCGAUGACCCACUUACAGAUUUCUAAUUUAGAAUACUACUUUUUUACCUCUCACUUGUUUUGACACACAAUAUGCCAGCUUGGUUAAGCUUCCUGAACUUAGUAGUCACUGUGCUUUACUUUUAGUAACUUUUUGAUGAACACAGCAUGAGCAUUGUCGUGGAUUCAGUGUGCGGACAGAAAUGCUGAAAUCCAAAACAGUUUUUGAGAUGUUUCUCUGGCAGAACUGUUAAGAGUCUCAAUUUGUUCUUUUUAUUAUAAAAAACAGUUUCACUGUUGACUGUUGUGCACUGAAAUACAUAUAAAUAUAUAUACUAAUUUGUCUAUCAACUCAAAUGUAAGCUGAUUAAGUACAUUUAGACUUGAUAUACUGUCUAUUGAACUAUGUUAGAAACACUUCUGUAAUGUUGUAUUAUCUCUUAUUUGAUUUACUUUUUAGUACAUUAAAAUAACAGUAUAUUUGAGUUAGACUUUAAGUUUGCAGAGUACUGUAAACCAGCAAUAGAAAUAUGAAUGUUAUACACUAGAUAAACUAAUAGAUGUAUGGCUUUUCUAAAAUUCUUAAAAAUAUUGUUUCUUAUUUUGCUAGAAUGUCUACAAUCACUGGUUUCAUUGUGGUUUACACACAGAGACAUGUUGUUUGAUGAACAACUUCAAUAAAACCUUCUUUCCUCUUAUUUUCUAAACUAUGAUUUUAACACCAUGUGUUUUUUAUGUGCGCUUUGUAACGACAUCAAGUGUAAAAACAUAUCUGAACUUUGAUAUUGAACUGGGUUUUAUUAUUUUCUUUAACUGUAUAGCAGGAGUUAGAUUAUGACACAAACCGAAUGUUAGUGAUGAUAAAUUGAAAAUGGAAAUGUACAGCAUGUGUGCUAAACAAUAAUCCCCAUAGAAUGGUUACAGUUACUGGAAAAACUGCAAAGUACAUAAAUGUGACACAUCACAUCAAAACAAGGAUUGUCUAAAAGUGGGAAGUGGAGCAACAGGCAGAUUAUAGUAAUGUUUGCAAAAUUUGCAUGUUGUUAUUUAAUGAAUUAAUAUAUUCCGCCCAUCUAACAUAUUUAUAAAUACUUUUAGUUUAAAAAUGAUAAAAAAUGAACAUCCUGCAGUAUUUUUACAGUCUUUAUUUUACAGUUACAAUAUGUGUUUAUUAAAUAAAGUCUAAUGUUACACCUAAACAUUGAUCCCUUUAAAAGAGGAGCAAAGCAUCUUUCAUGACGUUCAUUAAUAACAAUGGGAGAACAUGGGUACCAGGGAACAUAUGGACUCCAGCCAGUGGAUAUAAUGCAUAACGUUAUUUUAAUUUGUUUGUAUGAAACUCGCCUGUAUUUUCACCUGUUUUGAAACAGGAAGUAUAAUAUUACAGAUGCAAAGUCUUUGUAGUUGAUGAUAAUAGGUAAUGACAAUAACUACAGAUUUCAGCCUAUUUUGCUGCCAACAUUUUUUAACUCGGUUCAUUUACAACACAUCUUUGGCUGCAAAUAACGUUGUGUCAUUUUAGAUUUCUUCACAGUUUUGUCUGUGUAAUUACGCUAAACUACCAUCUGCUCCUACUGCAGUAAUGCAUCUUACUAAGAUCUUUGCAAAUCUUGUGUUAAAAUCUUUUUAAAAACCUGCUCUUCCUCUACCUCGAUGCAGAUCUAAACCUCAGCGGCGCACCGUCUAGGAAGAGUGGAUAUCCAGCAGAAAGCCUUAAAGUUCAGUUGGUUUCUGAUGAUGAUUGACAGCUCAGAGCCUCGAGGUGCAAUCAACCAAUCUGUUGGGUUUCCCCUGACAACAUUUCUAUCUCCUGCAUACUGUCUCCACCCCUCUUCCUCUCUAUUAGUGCUGGAAUGGAGACAAAUGUCUCAGUGUUGGGAACUCAGUUGAGCUUUCCUUGACUGUUUGUAAAUGGAUCAAGCAGCAGUUGGGUGUUAUACUGCAUUGUUUCUACAUGUCAGUAUAAGGGAGAUUUUAUAGUAGCCAUUCAAAAAGCUAUCUAAAACUUUUAAACAGAGCCACAAUUUAAAAGAGCACAAAUAUUUCUUUAAGGAUUGAUGUUAUCCUCAGAUAACCGUUGUUUUCUUAAUAACUUCUUUUUAAUGUACACUUCAAUCAGUGAGAAUUAGUUUUUUCUAUACAUCAUAAUUUAGUUAUUAGCUCUUAUUAUUCAAUUAAUUUAGAUUUUGAUUGUUGAUAGGAAGGUGUGAAGAACAGUAGAGGAAUUCUGCCAUUUUUUUAAAUGCUUUGAAGCUUCUUUAAACAUCCACUGUCUUUCACCUGCAGAAAAAGAUCAAGUCUCCUUUUACCAGCUCAGCAGGUAGCCCAGUACCAGUCCGGAAAUCUGUUCAAUGRGAUAGCUAUCACUGAAAGCUCCUGCUGCAGUCGGGACUGCGUCCCAUCCUGGUGGCUUGUUUCCAUGACAACUCUCUCCUCCAUCCACCUGUGAGCGUGCCGGCUGCCGAGAGAAACAAGUCCCCAGUGUCUGAAAUGUGACUGACAAGGUCAACAACCUUGCAGAUGGGAAACCACUAAAACAUCUUGUCCUCUUAAAAAAAAAGUGCAGACAAACAAAAAACAAUUCCAUCUGUGGACCAAAGCUCGACUUCUUUUCCCUCCCGCAUGAUGAGAGAAAGCAUAUUCAGCUGCUGCCAAAGAUGACAUGAAAGCAAUACAAGAACCAAGAGAGUAUUGUUUCAAACAAAGAUAAAACCUUGACUAGGCAGAUGUAAAAAAAAAAACAAAAAAAAAAACAAAAGAUCUAGUAUCAUCCCAUCAGUAUCAGUCUGAAGCCUUCAUCAGAUUACUGUCAACAAACCUUCAUGUCUUUCAGCUCUGCAGGAAACAAACUCUUUAUUGUUAACAGACACAUUUCACUGCUCAAAACUUUUAAUCUAAUUAUUAUAAUAACCUUUAACUAAGCUGACAUGGUUACUGGAGAGUUAACCCUUUACUCUGGUUAACAUUUUUAGUCAUCAUCUUUUAAUAAYUUGUUCAAAUGUUCACCUUUCUGUUUUGUUUUCCUCUUUAUAAAGAUAUUUCCUGUGGGAACACGGCCUCAWGGUGUGAAGCCCUGCGGCUGAAUAACCAACUGUUCCUGGUUACAGUUGUUAUGAAGGAGGAAACGUGUUCUGUCUGUUGAAGCCAGUGUAUAAACUGUCAGGGCUUGACACAAUCAUAUCGGUUUUUAAUAUAAAUCCUAUUUAAAGUCUGUAAUUUAUCACUUGUUAAUACAUUACACUCUUUUUAAUCAAUAAACCAGUAUACCACC